UUUCUUUGAGGCCGUGCCGGAACCAAAUUUUCUUUAUUUCUGACCAUCUUCGCCGAGAACGACCCGGCGGGCGUCACCAAAAGAAGCCCUACCAGAACGUUUUCCGUUGAUCUACUGCCGUCCUGAUUGCCGAGAUCCUAUCGCAGCCGCACCGAUGACGAGCACUUUCUCAUUUUUUAAGGCCGCCACUAGGUGGUCGAAAAACCACAAAUUUUUUUUGACCAGUUUUGGUGUGUUAGCUGGUGGUGGUAGUUCCCUAAUUUAUGCACUCGAGCAGUCGAUUCAUGCUUCUAAUGACGCAGCUCAUGUGGCUAAACAAAAAUGGAAUCAUAAUGGAUGGUUUGAUACUUUAGACCACGCUAGUGUUCGUCGAGGAUGGGAAGUGUACAAAAACGUUUGUGCAGCAUGUCAUAGCAUUGAGUACUUGGCAUAUCGUGAAUUAGUUGGAGUAUGCCUGACCGAAGAUGAGGCCAAAGCUGAAGCUGCCGAACAAAUGAUUGAUGACGGACCUGAUGAAACUGGUGCCAUGUAUAAAAGACCUGGCAAAUUAUCGGAUUUAUUACCAAAACCUUAUCCGAAUGAAGAAGCUGCUCGUUAUUCUAACGGUGGUGCAUACCCACCAGAUUUGACUUACAUUACUCAAGCUAGAAUAGACGGAGAGAAUUAUAUCUUUGCUUUAUUGACUGGUUACAUGGACCCACCAGCAGGAAUUUCAUUAGCAGAAAAUCAACAUUAUAAUCCUUACUUCCCCGGAGGUGCUAUCGGCAUGGCUCAAGCAUUAUACGAUGAGAUAAUUGAAUAUGGAGAUGGAACUCCAGCUACACAAAGUCAGUGUGCGAAAGAUGUUAUCACAUUCUUAAAAUGGUGUGCGGAACCAGAACAUGAUACUAGAAAAUUAUUUGCCAUGAAAGCAUUUACUAUCUUGGGAGUGCUCAACUUGGUAGUUUGGUACCUGCACAGACAUUAUUGGUCGGUGUUGAAGAGUCGAAAGAUUUUACAAAGCCCUAAAUCAUUGUUCAAAAAGUAAACGGUCCUUAGCUAGUAGUAGCCAAAAAUUAAAACGUACGAUAUUCAUUUUUGUUUAAACAUCCUAUGUUGAUUUUAUUGUUCAAGUUCUGUCUGAAAAAAAUUCAAUUUUUAUAAGUUCACUUCUACAAUAAAAUUUGUGAAAUUGUUUAUCGAAAAAC